AUGAUGAUUCAUGGCAUGGUCCUUUCCUUGUUUCAUCCAAUUCUGCCAUCCUCAUUCGACGACAAAUCUCUCAUGGAAGCACCCUAUUGGCUGCUGCUUUUCUCCCUCUUCCUUUCCUUCUUCCCCUUUAACACCGCGGCGCUCGACAUUGCUAUCCUGAGCGCCACCGUCCGCGACAGAGCCUUCGGCGUGUUGGCCCGCCGCCGAACCGGCGUCGCCUACUCGGUGCCUUUGCCUUCCGACCUCUCCGGCGCCUCCGCCUCCGUCGAACGCAUUCGGAGCGGCAUCUUAUGGACCGCCGGCGCUCGCCUCGGGUCCGUCAGCGUCCCGCCGCGGACGACGACGGCGCCGUUUGUGAGAAGACUCGCAUUCGUCUACCAGGACCUCGGUAACCGGUCGUCGUCCUUCUUCGACGGCGUCCGUGGGUACGCCCUCGCGUCGCCGGUCGUCGGGUUGAAAGCCUACGACGCGUCGUUGCAUCCCGGAGAGGAGGUUGGGCUGAGGACUCUCGGCGAGCCGAUCAUGGUCGCCUUCCCGAGAGUAUCGUUGCCGGCGGGGGUAAAUUCCACGGCGGCGAUUAAAUGCAUGAGGCUCGGCGCGGCGGACGAGCUGGCCGAUGCGGUGUCGGGGAACGCAUGCGUGGCGAGGCAGACGGGGCACUUCGCGUUGGUGGUGGCGGCUGGGCCACGGCAGAAUGGGGGGCGGAGGUGGUGGAUGGUGUGGGCAGUGUGGUUCGGCGGUGGGGUCGUUGUGGUUGUUGUGGCGGUGGUGGUGGGAAUCAUGAUGGUUAGGUGGAGGAGAAGGAAGAGAAGGGAGAGCAUGGAGAGGGUGGCGGAGGACGAGGCAGCUCUGGGGACGGUGUGGGCAGGGAGGAGCAAGAUGCCAUCUGCUAGCAUGUGCAGGACGGGGCCAGUGAUUGAGGAUGCAACUGCACCAUGA